AUGUUUCUUUCAGUUCUUUCCUACACUGGUCGAUUUCUGAAGCCAGAUGAACCUCUUAGUACGCACAACAUCCGCGAGAACGACAUUCUGAGAAUUUUGCAAAAUGAUGGGGAGACACCAGUGAAUAAGCCAUGUGAUAACGGAAUGCUUCGCGAGUGUGAUCGUCUUUUUGACUAUGUACAAAAAGAGGAAUCGGGUUAUAUGCACUUGCGUUUGAUCGCUGAUGUCACCACCACUGAUUACUUGAAGAAUCUCAUGGAAAAGUUUCCUGAAUUACGUCAAGAUCCUAUUGCUUGUCACAUACUCAAUGAUUACUACCUCCUCAAAGCUAUGGUUACGUUACCUAGUGAUGAAGAAGCACUGGAAAAGUUACGACAAUUCCAUGCACAACAUCCUGCUUUACUACCAGCUAUCAAUUGGCUGUUAAAGAAAAACGCUCAGAAAGGAAGGGGAUCGUCUCAAGUAGGCAGAUUACAUGCUGUGGGUAUUGCGAAUUGA